GGUGAGGGGGGCGGCCGCGGUCCGGCAGGCGGCAGCUGUGCGGGGUAGAGUAGGGCUGUGCGGAUCGCUCGUCCCAAUGGCAGCACUGAAGUACGCGGGGUUGGAGGACACGGACAGCGAGGAAGAGCUGCCGCCGGGCUGGGAGGAGCGCACCACCAAGGACGGCUGGGUUUACUACGCCAAUCACUUGGAAGAAAAAACACAGUGGGAACAUCCAAAGUCUGGGAAGAGGAAACGUGUUGCAGGAGGUCUGCCAUAUGGAUGGGAGCAGGAGACUGAUGAAAAUGGACAGGUCUAUUUUGUAGACCACAUAAACAAAAGAACUACCUAUCUGGAUCCAAGAUUGGCCUUUACAGUUGAAGAUAAUCCAGCAAAGCCACCUACUAGACAAAAAUAUGAUGGAAACAGUACUGCGAUGGAAAUACUUCAGGGUCGUGACUUGAGUGGAAAAGUGAUUAUAAUCACAGGAGCAAAUUCAGGAAUAGGUUUUGAAACUGCAAAGUCUUUUGCACUGCAUGGGGCUUACGUUAUCCUGGCCUGCAGAAAUAUGUCAAGAGGCAAUGAUGCUGUACAACGCAUUCUUGAGGAAUGGCAUAAAGCCAAGGUAGAAGCGAUGACCUUAGACCUUGCUUCUCUUCGCAGUGUGCAGAACUUUGCUGAAGCAUUCAAAUCCAAGAAUAUGCCUCUUCACAUCCUGGUCUGCAAUGCUGCCAUAUUUGGUUCUUCGUGGUGCUUGACGGAGGACGGCCUGGAGUCCACCUUCCAGGUGAACCACCUGGGGCACUUCUAUCUCGUCCAGCUGCUGGAGGACAUCCUGCGCCGCUCCUCUCCUGCCAGGGUGGUGGUCGUGUCCUCAGAGUCGCACAGAUUUACAGAAAUUAAAGACUCCUCUGGAAAACUCGAUUUCAGCCUGCUUUCUCCAUCUAAGAAGGAGUACUGGGCUAUGUUGGCCUACAAUCGUUCCAAACUUUGCAAUAUACUGUUCUCCAAUGAGCUGAACCGACGCCUUUCUCCCCAUGGGGUGACGUCUAACUCAGUCCAUCCUGGAAAUAUGAUUUACUCCUCCAUUCAUCGUAACUGGUGGGUGUAUACCCUGCUGUUUACCUUGGCUCGACCUUUCACCAAAUCCAUGCAACAAGGAGCCGCCACGACCGUGUACUGCGCGACGGCCGCUGAGCUGGAAGGGCUGGGAGGGAUGUACUUCAACAACUGCUGCCGCUGCCUGCCCUCGGCCGAGGCUCGCAAUGAGCUGACGGCCGUGGCCCUGUGGGAGCUGAGCGAGAGGCUGAUCCGUGAGCAGCUUGGCAGGCGGUCCCCGUGACGGAACGCCCCGCGCGCUCGGAACCUGCCAGUGCUGGAGCCCGUCCAAUCUUAUCAUCUAGAGGGUUUCCGUAUACCUCCGAUAGAGAUUAACCGGUGUUAAAUGAAAUAAUAGCAGUCACAACAUAGUGAAAAAUGUUAAGUACUAAUGGGAAAUGGGGAAUACGGCGGGUUAAAGGGACAAUGCGGCUUCCUGGGGCUUAGUUAGUCGUGCCUCUCUUCUUUUGAUUAUAGCCUGUUCAAAGUGUAACCCAAGGAGGCAUGCUUUGUGCUAUUGCAGAAACGCGGUGCCACAGAUAUUCUCUGUUGUUUUGAUUAAUGGGUUAGGUAUGUAGCCCAAUAUGGGAUUUCCUCUUUAUUUUGAUAAUUACUGUCUGUUAGGCUGUAGGUAUCGAUCGGGAUAUGGUAGCGGUGUUGAUUCCUUUUCCCUGCAAGGAUUUUGUAGGGUGUGGCGAAUAAAAAGAUUAUUAAGGAAAGAAAUCUCUCCUGCCCUUGACUGCUGGCUGCAAAUACAUCCAUGCUAUCUAAAAACAGAGGGUGCAAGAAGACUUCUGAACAGAAAUGUCAAAAUCACAGCUUAAUUAAAUAUUUCUUUUGUCUUAAAAGAUUAUAAUAAAAGAUAUUUUGUAAACCAUUCCCUAAUAUCAUAGAGUUAGCAAAGAUGAUGUUGUCUCCUAAAGAACGCACAGGGUGUAAUCAGGGGGUUAAGUGGUAUUUCCAUCCAUGUCUCAGUUCAGUUUUAAGGAGUUUGUUGUGGUUUUUUUUUUCAUGGAAAAUUCACAGUUUCUCAGUUCUCCUGAUACUGUAUCCCAAAUUUCUCUAUUUUUCUUUAAAUUUAAUAAAACAACAUGCUUGCUUGAAUACCGUCA